AUGCGCGUGGUCUCCGCUGUCCUGCUCGCGGUUCUAGGGGGCAAGGCGAACCCGACCGAGGAUGAUGUGAAGAAGAUUCUUGGUUCUGUGGGUGUCGAGGCUGAUGCCGACAGCGUGCAGAGGCUGCUGAAGGAGCUGGAGGGCAAGGACAUUGCCGAGCUGAUUGCCGCCGGCCGCGAGAAGCUGCAGUCGGUGCCGUCUGGGGGUGCCGCGGCCGCGGCGCCCGCCGCGGGCGGCGCUGCCCCAGCUGCCAAGAAGGAGGAGGCGAAGAAGGAGGAACCCUCUGAGGAGGACGAGGACAUGGGCUUCUCCCUCUUCGACUGA